UUGAUUCUUUGUGUUAUGUGUGUACACAUCUGUGUUGAUGUCUUGUAUACACAUAUCAUAUAUAUAUUUUUCCCAAAACCAGUGACAGUCGAUAAAGAAAUUAGUUUCAAUUAGUUUGGGUUCCGAAUUAAUUUUACAGAUUUGGAAAGAAGCAACCAGAACGAUAUUUUCAAAAGAAAUUAAAUUGCUUGUUAAGUGCGAAUAAAGAAAGCAAAAUUGAUUUUUUAUUGUGUAUGCAUAUAAAAAUGGCUGAAAAUGAUUGUUUAAGACAUAACAGUAAUACACCCAGUGAUUCGGAUCGAGAUACAAACUCGAAUAAUUCCGUGCCAGAAUUAAAAGGAUAUCUCAGCAAAUGGACCAAUUACAUUCAUGGAUGGCAGCCACGGUUUAUCGUUUUGAAAGAUGGCACUCUGUCCUAUUACAAGAGUGAAUUUGAGAGUGAUUAUGGAUGUAGAGGUGUCAUAAGUCUGGAUAAAGCCACUAUAAAAAGUCAUGAAUUUGAUGAAUGUCGUUUUGAUGUUGCCGUAAACAAUUGUGUUUGGUAUUUACGCGCUGAAACACCCGAAGACAAAACACAUUGGGUCGAUGUAUUGCAGUCAUACAAAGUGCCGGUGGGCAUUGAUAUGACUGCAUUAAUACGUCACGGCAGUACAAUAUCGUUGCAAUCAAAUUCAAUUUUAUUUAAUCAAAACUCAGGUAAUGGCGGACUAAGGGAGAAAAUCAACGAAAUCGAAACCUUUAGAGACAUUUUAUCGAGACAAAUUAACACAUUGCAACGUUAUUACGAUGUUUGCGCGAGUAAAAGAAAAAAUGAUCAUUCUGAGCUGCCUAAUGACUUAAAUUCAAUCGAUUUAAAUGGUGAAUCGGUAGCAUUUCGGGCAACGUCACAAGGUAUUUUGGCGACACUGAAUCAAUGUUUGGAUAUAAUUAACCAAAGAGAAGACUGUUUAAAGAGAAAAAUGGAGACGGAAAUGGAACAAAGACGACAAUCAGAAGAAUUAUGCAAAAAACUUAAAGACGAAUUGAGCAAAACAAAAAGUCCGGCAUUUUUUGGUCCCGAUUCAGAAGUAAGUAGUUGAGAACAAAACGGUGAUAAAUGAUGAAAAUAAUUGCAGUCCACGG